CACCGGGGCGGCUCCUUUCAGUCCUGGGCUGGCUGUAGUGUUUGCUAAUACAAGCAGUGCACGAAGCGGCACGGUCACACAGAAGCUGACAGCGCGCAGAGUAGUACGCACCUUCACAUCUCCGCUCUGGAUUUUGUUGGAUCUAACGCCUUACGGAUGUGCAAUAUGACGUUUGAAGAAAACAGUGGGGAAAACUCAUCGGACAGGAUGGAAUCGGUGGCCACAGCGCUGGAAGAGGUCCUGAGCUCUGCAUUGCCUCAGGGUUGCAUCACUGUGGGAGUUUAUGAGGCAGCCAAGUCACUUAAUGCUGACCCAGACAACGUGGUCCUCUGCCUGUUAGCCACAGAUGAGGAGGAGGAUGUUGCUCUCCAGAUUCACUUUACCUUGAUCCAGGCGUUUUGCUGUGAAAAUUACAUCAACAUCCUGCGAGUGAGCAACAUGCGGCGUCUCGCUGAGAUUCUGGGUGGAGGGGUGAAGCCUGCAGCCGACUUGGACCUACACUGCAUUCUAGUUACAAACCCUCAAUCUUCUUUCUGCAAAGACCCAGCACUGAGCAAAGUCAACAGAUUCUGCAGAGACAGCCGCUGCUUGGACCAAUGGGUACCAGUUAUCAACCUCCCCGACCGAUGAAAACUGUUGGAUUUUAAACUACUGUGUGUGCAAAAAAAUGGGAUAUUAACUGCACAAGUGUUAAUGUCUUGUCUUGGGACUCCUUCGGGCCCCUCCAUGGAUCAUACAGGGGAAGCAGGCGCUGAAAGGAGAAGAGAGAACAAAAUCAAACCAAAGUGCACCAGGAAGCAAGCUGCAAAUUUAGUGGGUCAGAGCUGAGGCAAGCAUGACUCAGCUAAAGCACCUUCCAGGAUUUCCAAAGGGUGACUACGCGAUUUGCCGAGAAAGAAACCGGAAAUUCAAUCAUGUCUGCAGAUAAGGACAUGUGGUUGGCAGCACUGGAGCAAGAGAGGGA